AUGCUGAAAUUAUUACCCAUAAACUCCGGUCUAGAACACGCCUCUUUUGUUUACGAAAGUGAGAAGGAUACUAAGAAUGCAGAUAUUCUCAAGGAAAUUCAAAAAGGAGCCAGGCUUAGACACGUCAGGUGUAAUGAUAGGAGUAAACCAAAUCUCAGAGGUAUCAAGCAGUUUAAAAGGCAGUUAACUAAAGAAGAAAAGGUUCAAGGUUUGAGUGUAAUUGAGGAUUUACUGGACGAUAAAGAGGACUUCGAGGAUUUGGACAAGAUCAAAGACGACCUUGAAUCUACAAAGCAGCUACUGGAGCUUGAGGUGAGGUCCAAGCAGCUUCUAGAGAAGGACAAUAAGAAGCUUCAAGCGGAAAUAGAAAAACUAAGAUCUGAGUUUGAAAAAUUGCAAAAUGGAGGAGAUAAAGAGACAGUAAAUAAUGGAACACAAAAUAGACGGAGUUCAGUUCAGGAGAAAAGAAGAAGUAUCAUUAGACUCACAUCUGAGAGCUUACCAGACACAGAUAUACCAGAUAUACCAGAACAGGUGGUCGACGAGUUGGAGGAGUUGAAGGAGGAGGCCGACGAGGCGAGGAAGUUGGCUGAGGAGUGGGAGGCUAAAUACAAGGAAAUGCAAAGACAGAUGGAGGAUCUUGAGGUAGGUCAGACUACAGGGAGCAAGAAGCAUUCAACAACAGAAUACAACCAAUCCAUCAGCCUCGAGGAGGAGGCGGAGGUUGCUAUCGGUCAGCAGGAGACUGGAGAUGAUUGGGUUCAGAAAAGGGAAAUCCACCAACUCCAGGGAAAACUGCGAAAUACAAAAGAUAAAAAGGAGUUUAUCAUUAGAGAGAGAAAUCUGCUAAACGAAAGACUAGGAAAGUUAAAGAGAUUGAAGAAGGAGGUGAAGGAGAUGAAUGCCGCGUUCACGAAGGAGAUGGAGGAAAUGGAAGCUAUGGAACUCCAGGAGAAGGAACUUGAGCUGAACAAACUAGCUAGAGAACCCAGUGUGGCAGUGUUGCCCACGUUACACGGAGGCACCCCGGAGAUACAUGUCGGCUUGUACACGGACCUCACUUCCCGAGGGGGAGACGAGGGUGCACUGAACACAGACACUCCUCAGAACGGACAUAAAAGGGGACCACGUAGAGGUAGGUUGAUGGGUAGCCAUCCGUACUCUUUGGGCGUAGAAAGAAGCAGAUCGGUUUUCCCAAAGAUGGGACUUGUCCGAGUAGCGGAAGCCCUAGACGGUGGGAUAGUCGUACCUGGUCUAGCAACGUGUAGCAGGACCGGCAAGGGGAAAGCUAUCACACCCAGGUCAUAUACUGGGGGAAAAGUUGCCUUCAAUUCACUAACUUUAGCCGUACUGGCCGAAGGGAUGUGUGAGGAGUUAUGUAUUAAAUGCCUUNGUUCAAUAAUACUUUACUAUCAAUGUCAAUCCGGACACAACUUUAUCUGUUUGGAUUCCCAAACUAGUUCAAUAUUUCAAGAGAGUGAGUCAGGGCCUAUCUGCUUUACUAUCAAUGUCAUGCGAAAAUGA